CUUUCGUGGGUGAAUACCCACUUCGUCCGAUGCAUGUCACUGGAAAGCUUGUUCUCUCUCACCAAGUUGGUCCGAUAAAAGAUGGGAAAGAAGAAGUUCAGCGGAUUAGAAAUCUCCCUGAUUGUCCUAUUCUGUUUGGUGGUGAUUGUAGCCUGCGUUCUGGUUGCACUUUUAGCAACAGGACAAUCUGGACUCCAAGACUUUUCUCCGAACUGUCCAGCAGUAAGCUUCUCAGAGAGAAUUGACUGCAUUCCUGAUCAAGGGGCAACAAAGAGCUUAUGUACCCUGCGUGGCUGUUGCUGGAGUCCACAAAAUGAAACAAGCAUACCAUGGUGCUACUUCUCCAAGAGUCAUGGAUAUAAGGUAGAAGGAGGUGUGAAGCAAACAAGUACAGGUUUUGUAGCUAAGUUAACGAGGCUGCCUUCACCUUCCCUAUUUGGAAAUGAUAUUACCACUGUCCAACUCACGGGAGAAUAUCAGACAACAAAUCGCUUCCGGUUCAAGCUCACUGAUCCUAAUAAAAAAAGAUUCGAAGUUCCUCAUGAGAAUGUAAAAGCUUUUGGUGGACCUGCAGCCUCCAAUUUAAAGUAUAAAGUCGAUAUCGUUCAGGACCCUUUUGGUAUCACUGUGACAAGAACAAGCGGCGGCAAAAUGUUGUUCGAUACUAGAAUAGGACCACUUCAGUAUGCUGACCAGUAUUUGCAGCUCUCAAUCAAACUACCUAGCAGCAACAUUUAUGGAAUCGGAGAACAUGUCCACACACAAUACCGGCAUGAUGUUAACUGGAGAACAUGGCCCAUCUUUACCAGAGAUGCUUUCCCCAAUGGAGGCACUCAUAACUUGUAUGGAGCUCACACUUUCUUCUUGUGCUUGGAAGAUAACAGUGGAGCCUCUUUUGGUGUGUUCUUAAUGAACAGUAAUGCCAUGGAAUUUGCUCUCCAACCUGCCCCAGCAGCAACUUACAGAACAACUGGUGGAAUUCUAGAUUUUUAUGUCUUCUUAGGAGACACUCCGGAGCAAGUUGUUCAAGAAUAUGUAAAGCUGGUAGGAAUGCCUGCAAUGCCUUCAUACUGGAGUCUUGGAUUCCAGCUUAGUCGCUGGAAUUAUACCUCUCUUGAUGAGUUGAAAGUUGUGGUAGAAAGAAACAGAGCAAUUGGGAUACCCUAUGAAAUUCAAUACACUGAUAUUGACUAUAUGGAGGAAAAAAAAGACUUUACUUAUGACGAAGUGAAAUUUAAGGAUCUUCCUAACUUUGCUGUGGACCUGCAUAACCACGGACAAAAAUAUAUUAUUAUACUGGAUCCUGCCAUUGCAAACUCCCCUCGCCUUAAUAAUACUCCAUAUCAUUCCUAUGAUAGAGGAAUGAAAAAGAAAGUGUGGGUAAAUGAAUCAGAUGGACUAACAGAACUCAUUGGAGAGAUGUGGCCAGGAGUGACUGUGUUCCCUGACUACACCAACCCAGAAUGUACCAACUGGUGGAUAGAAGAAUGUGAGCUCUUUUAUGAUCAAGUGAAGUAUGAUGGGAUUUGGAUUGACAUGAAUGAAAUAUCCAGCUUUAUAAGAGGUUCAACACUUGGCUGUCAGCAAAACAACUUAAACUAUCCUCCUUUCACUCCCAGUAUUCUCGAUGGACUCAUGUAUUCAAAGACACUUUGCAUGGAUGCAGUGCAAUCUUGGGGAAAACACUAUGAUGUUCACAGUCUAUAUGGAUAUUCCAUGACUCUGUCUACUGAUAAAGCUAUACAAGCUGUUUUUCCUGGAAAAAGAAGCCUUACUAUUUCUAGGUCUACUUUUGCUGGAUCAGGCAAAUACACAGGACAUUGGCUAGGGGAUAAUGCUGCUACAUGGAAUGAUCUGAGAUGGGCGAUACCAGGAAUACUGGAAUUUAACCUCUUUGGGAUACCUUAUAUUGGUGCAGAUAUUUGUGGUUUCUUUGAUAAUGUCACAGAAGAACUUUGCAGACGAUGGAUGCAAGUUGGAGCAUUUUAUCCAUUUUGCAGAAAUCACAAUGCUGAAAAUUACGCGCCUCAGGAUCCGGCUGUAUUUGGGGCAGAUUCUGUUUUGGUGAGAUCAUCGAAGAACUACUUGAACAUUCGAUACACUUUACUGCCCUACCUCUAUACCCUUUUUUACAAAGCUCAUACGCAAGGAGACACAGUAGUAAGACCACUUCUUCAUGAGUUCUAUUCAGAUGAAGCAACGUGGGCUAUUGAUCGACAGUUCUUGUGGGGCCCUGGUCUUCUCAUCACUCCUGUACUGGACCCAGGUGUGGAAACAGUGACUGCAUAUAUUCCUGAUGCAGUAUGGUAUGACUAUGAAACAGGUGGAAGAGUAGUAUGGAGAAAACAACAAGCAGAGAUGUAUCUCCCAGCAGACAAACUAGGACUUCAUCUGAGAGGAGGCUACAUUUUUCCUAUUCAGCAACCAGCUAAUACAACAUUGUACAGCCGCAAGAAUUCGAUGGGACUUAUAAUUGCAUUAGAUGACAAUAAAGAAGCAGCUGGAGAUUUAUUCUGGGAUGAUGGAGAAUCUAGAGGUACAGUGGAAAAUGAAACCUACAUUUAUUACCAGUUUUCAGUAGCCAGUAAUAGCUUGAAAAUGAAUGUUUUGCACAUGAACUACAUCGAUCCCAAUAACUUAAUGUUUGAGGAAAUCAAAAUCUUUGGAUUGCCCCUUCAACCUACAAUUCUUACUGUGUCUGUAAAUGGUGUGGUGCAGAAUUCUCCUCAUAAUAUCAGCUAUAAUCCUUCAGAUAAGGUUACCCAUGUAACUGGGCUUCAACUUGAACUAGGAAAAUCAUACUUACUGGAAUGGAAUCAAGAGUUAAAUAACAUUGAAAGAUUUGAUUGUCACCCUAGUCCCAAUGCAACACAAGAGAAAUGUGAAGCCUUGAACUGUAUCUGGAACCCUGUCUCCACUGAUAAUGUUCCAUCCUGUUACUACCCUUCUGACUAUGGUUAUUCUGUCAGUCAAAUUACAUACACCUCUUCAGGUUUAUCGGUGAACCUCAACAGAAAUGGUAAUUAUGUUAAUCGUGCUGCGACUUCUACUACUCCUAUCAAUACACUUCGCCUGGAUGUGACCUAUCAUGACAACAAUAUGCUGCAAUUUAAGAUUUAUGAUUACAGCAAUAAAAGAUAUGAGGUUCCAGUACCACUAAAUAUCCCUAGCAGUCCUACAAGUACAUAUGAGAAUCGACUCUAUGAAGUAGCAAUUCAGAACAAUCCAUUCGGCAUCCAGAUUCGACGCAAAAGCACAGGGACAAUUAUUUGGGAUUCUCAGGUACCUGGCUUCACUUUUAGCGACAUGUUCAUUCAGAUUUCUACCCGUCUGCCAUCACAGUAUAUCUAUGGAUUUGGUGAAAAUGAACACACUACCUUUCGGCGUGAUAUGAACUGGCACACCUGGGGAAUGUUCGCCAAAGACCAGCCCCCUGGUUACAAAUUGAAUUCUUAUGGUGUCCAUCCUUUUUACAUGGGCUUAGAAAAUGAUGGAAAUGCUCAUGGAGUCCUCUUACUUAACAGCAAUGCAAUGGAUGUCACAUUCCAGCCAACUCCUGCUCUGACGUAUCGCACUAUUGGAGGAAUUCUGGACUUUUACAUGGUGUUGGGCCCAACGCCAGAGCUUGUUGUUCAGGAAUACACUGCACUGAUUGGACGACCAGUCAUGCCACCGUACUGGGCUUUGGGAUUCCAGUUAUGCCGUUAUGGAUACAAAAAUGACACAGAAGUCUCUGACCUGUUUGAGGCAAUGAAGACAGCUCAGAUACCUUAUGACGUACAAUACACGGAUAUUGAUUACAUGGAACGGCAAUUAGACUUUACCCUCAGCCAAGACUUUGCUGGACUACCAGCUCUGGUUGACAGAAUGAAAAAGGAAGGAAUGCGAUUCAUCAUUAUCCUGGAUCCAGCCAUUUCAGGCAACGAAACCAAUUAUCUAGCCUACACAAGAGGUGUCCAGGAAGAUGUUUUCAUUAAAUGGCCCAAUAGCAGUGAAAUUGUGUGGGGAAAGGUUUGGCCAGAUUUUCCCAAUGUAGUUGUUAAUGAAUCGCUAGACUGGGACACUCAAGUGAAGCUAUAUAGAGCUUAUGCAGCUUUCCCAGAUUUCUUCCGCAACACCACAGCUCAGUGGUGGCAAAGAGAAAUAAGAGAAUACCACACUAACCCAAAUCAACCAGAGAAAAGUGUGAAGUUUGAUGGCUUGUGGAUUGACAUGAACGAACCAGCAAGCUUUGUUCAUGGAUCAGUCGAAGGCUGUAGAAACACAGAGCUGAACAAUCCUCCCUAUAUGCCCAGUUUGGAAUCGCGGUCACUUGGGUUGAGUCACAAAACUCUAUGCAUGGAAAGCGAGCAGAUCCUGCCAGAUGGAACCCCUGUUAGACACUAUGAUGUGCAUAAUCUCUAUGGAUGGUCACAUGUAAAACCUACCUACGAUGCUUUACAGAGCACCAUUAAUGAACGUGGAAUUGUUAUCACCCGUUCAACGUAUCCCUCUAGUGGAAAAUGGGCUGGACACUGGCUUGGUGAUAACACUGCAGCUUGGGAUCAACUUUAUAAAUCUAUAAUUGGUAUGAUGGAAUUCAGCCUUUUUGGAAUAUCCUAUACUGGAGCAGACAUUUGUGGCUUCUUCAAUGAUGCAGAGUAUUACAUGUGUGUCCGUUGGAUGCAGCUGGGAGCAUUUUAUCCAUUUUCCAGAAAUCAUAAUACCAUAGGCACAAAGAGGCAAGAUCCUGUUUCCUUUGAUGAACAAUUUGAAAAUAUUUCCAGAAAUGUACUCAAUACAAGAUACACACUGUUACCCUAUCUCUACACUUUAAUGUAUGAAGCCCAUGUUCAUGGUAGCACUGUAGUGCGGCCUGUCCUCCAUGAGUUUGUGGAAGACAAGCAAACUUGGGAUGUAUACAAACAAUUUCUGUGGGGACCUGCACUGCUCAUUAGCCCUGUACUGGAGAAUGCUACAUUAGUGUUGGCUUAUAUACCCAAUGCACGCUGGUAUGAUUAUUACACGGAGGAAUAUAUUGGUUUCAAGGGACAGUUCUACAACCUAUCAGCUCCUCUUGAACAUAUCAACCUUCAUAUCCGUGGAGGUUACAUUAUCCCAUGGCAGGACCCUGCUAAUAAUACCUUUUACAGCCGACAAAACUCAAUGGGACUUACUAUUGCUUUAGAUGAUAAUGGGUUCGCUCACGGUCAGCUUUACUGGGAUGAUGGGAACAGCAUCGAUGCAUAUGAACAGGGUGCUUAUCUGUUAGAAACAUUUAAUGCAAGUCAGAAACAUUGGUUCACAAUCCAAACCCACAUCGUGGUUAAUAAUUUCAUAGCUGGUCUUACUCUACAUGUUUUAGAAAUUAAGGUUGUGCACAAUGGAUACACUGACCCAAACAAUUUAAAAUUUGAUGAAAUUAAAGUCUUGGGAGUUGACAGAGUACCUUUAGCUGUUACAGUAAAACAAAAUGGUGUGACCAUUCCAUCUCUCCAUAAUAUCAACUACAGUGCUACAAAAAAGCUGCUGCAUAUUACCGGGCUUCAGCUUGAACUAGGGAAACCCUACUCAGUGGACUGGUCUUCAGUGGUUGAAGACAAUGAGAAAUUUAACUGUUAUCCUGACUCGGGUGCAUCAGAAGAAAAUUGUACUGCUCGUGGCUGUAUCUGGGAGGUUGCCUCUAACUCCCUUGUACCAUCAUGUUACUACCCAAGUAGUUAUGGUUAUUCUGUCAGUAACAUUCAAAACACCGCUUCAGGUCUUACUGCUGACCUCUCCAGAGAUCCUAGUAUCCCUGACCGCUAUGGGGAUCGUUCUCCCCCUAUCAACACACUUCGCUUGGAAGUAAAAUAUCACGACGACAACAUGUUGCAGUUCAAGAUUUAUGAUGCCAACAAUAAGAGAUAUGAAGUUCCAGUACCACUAUUCUUCCCUAGUACUCCAACAAGUACAGAAGCAGGUCGACUCUAUGAAGUGACCAUUAAGAACAAUCCAUUUGGUAUUCAGAUUCAGCGCAAACGCACUGGAACAAUUAUUUGGGAUUCUCAGGUACCUGGCUUCACUUUUAGCGACAUGUUCAUUCAGAUUUCUACUCGUCUGCCAUCACAGUAUGUCUACGGCUUUGGUGAAACUGAACACACUACAUUUCGGCGUGAUAUGAACUGGCAGACCUGGGGAAUGUUCACCAAAGACCAGUCCCCUGGUUACAAACUGAAUUCCUAUGGUUUCCAUCCCUUUUACAUGGGCCUGGAAAAUGAUGGAAAUGCUCAUGGAGUCCUCUUGCUUACCAGUAAUGCAAUGGAUGUCACAUUCCAGCCAACCCCUGCUCUGACGUAUCGCACUAUUGGAGGAAUUCUGGACUUUUACAUGGUGUUGGGCCCAACGCCGGAGUUGGUUGUUCAGGAAUACACUGCACUGAUUGGACGACCAGUCAUGCCACCAUACUGGUCUUUGGGAUUCCAGUUAUGCCGUUAUGGAUACCAAAAUGACACUGAAGUCUCUGACCUUUAUGAGGCAAUGAAGGCAGCUCGGAUACCUUAUGAUGUACAGUAUACAGACAUUGAUUACAUGGAGCGGAAGUUAGACUUUACUCUCAGCCCAAACUUUGCAGGACUUCCUGCUCUGAUUAAUCGAAUAAAAGAAGAAGGAAUGAGAUUUGUCGCUAUUCUGGACCCACCAAUCUCUGGCAAUGAGACAAAUGCUUAUCCACCAUUCACAAGAGGUGUGCAGGAUGAUGUCUUCAUCAAGUGGCCUAACAGCCCUGAGAUUGUCUGGGCAAAGGUUUGGCCAGAUUAUCCUAAUGUAGUAGUUAAUGAGUCUGCAGAUUUAGAAACACAGAUCAAGCUGUACAGAGCUUAUGCAGCUUUCCCAGAUUUCUUCCGCAAUUCUACAGCACAGUGGUGGCAAAGAGAAAUAAUGGAAUUCCACACUAAUCCAAAUGAUCCAGCGAAGAGUGUAAAAUUUGAUGGCCUGUGGACUGACAUGAAUGAACCAGCAAGCUUUAUUAAUGGAGCAGUUGAUGGCUGCAGAGAACCACUUCUAAACAAUCCACCUUAUAUGCCACCUUUGGCAGAAAAGGAAAAAGGGCUGGAUCUCGUGACCUUGUGCAUGGAAAGUCAACAGUUCCUGCCAGAUGGGACCCCUGUCAGGCACUAUGAUGUACAUAGUCUGUAUGGAUGGUCACAGGCACAACCGACCUACUUUGCUGUACGCAAUGCCACAGGGGAACGUGGAAUUGUUAUCACCCGAUCAACAUAUCCCUCUAGUGGACGAUGGGCAGGUCACUGGCUUGGUGAUAACUAUGCAAGAUGGGACCAGCUUGAAAAAUCUAUUAUUGGUAUAAUGGAGUUUGGCCUCUUUGGAAUUUCCUAUAUUGGAGCAGAUAUCUGUGGCUUCUUCAAUGAUACAACAUAUGAAAUGUGUGCCCGGUGGAUGCAGCUUGGAUCAUUUUACACCUAUUCUAGAAAUCAUAAUGUGAUAGGAACUCAGAGACAAGAUCCUGUUUCCUUUGAUGAAAAGUUUGAAAAUAUUUCCAGAGAUAUACUCAAUACAAGAUACACGCUGUUACCUUAUCUCUACACUUUAAUGCAUGAAUCCCAUGUUCUUGGUAGCACUGUAACACGUCCUCUGCUUUUCGAGUUUGUGGAAGACAAAAAUACGUGGGAUGUAUACAAACAGUUUUUGUGGGGUCCAGCGCUGCUGAUUAGCCCUGUAUUGGAUGAAGGAGCUACAGAAGUGAAUGCUUAUAUACCCAGUGCACGCUGGUAUGAUUAUUACACGGGAAAAUCUCUUGAAAUAAGGGGACAAUUCCAGUCAUUGCCAGCACCUCUUGAGCAUAUCAAUCUUCAUAUCCGGGGCGGUUACAUCAUCCCCUGGCAAGAACCUGGUCUUAAUACCAAUCAAAGCCGACAAAACUUUAUGGGACUUACUGUUGCUUUGGAUGAUAACGAGGUCGCUCAAGGUCAGCUUUACUGGGAUGAUGGAGUAAGCAUUGACACAUAUGAAAAUGGUAAUUAUAUCUUAGCAACAUUUGCCACAAACCAGAGUGUUUUAGAAAUUACGAUUGUGCACAAUGGAUACACUGACCCAAACAAUUUAAAAUUUGAUGAAAUUAAAGUCUUGGGAGUUGACAGAGUCCCUUUAGCUGUUACAGUAAAACAAAAUGGUGUGACCGUUCCAUCUCUCCAUAGUGUCAGCUACAGUGCUACAGAAAAGCUGCUGCAUAUUACCGGGCUUCAGCUUGAACUAGGGAAACCCUACUCAGUGGACUGGUCUUCAGUGGUUGAAGACAAUGAAAAAUUUAACUGUCAUCCUGACUCAGGUGCAUCAGAGGAAAAUUGUACUGCUCGUGGCUGUAUCUGGGAGGUUGCCUCUAACUCCCUUGUACCAUCAUGUUACUACCCAAGUAGUUAUGGUUAUUCUGUCAGUAACAUUCAAAACACCGCUUCAGGUCUUACUGCUGACCUCUCCAGAGAUCCUAGUAUCCCUGACCGCUAUGGGGAUCGUUCUCCCCCUAUCAACACACUUCGCUUGGAAGUAAAAUAUCACGACGACAACAUGUUGCAGUUCAAGAUUUAUGAUGCCAACAAUAAGAGAUAUGAAGUUCCAGUACCACUAUUCCUCCCUAGUACUCCAACAAGUACAGAAGCAGGUCGACUCUAUGAAGUGACCAUUAAGAACAAUCCAUUUGGUAUUCAGAUUCAGCGCAAACGCACUGGAACAAUUAUUUGGGAUUCUCAGGUACCUGGCUUCACUUUUAGCGACAUGUUCAUUCAGAUUUCUACUCGUCUGCCAUCACAGUAUGUCUACGGCUUUGGUGAAACUGAACACACUACAUUUCGACGUGAUAUGAACUGGCAGACCUGGGGAAUGUUCACCAAAGACCAGUCCCCUGGUGUAAGUAGAGAUAAAAUUUGA